CAAGCACUGACUUGAAGGUGCUGAACAUCGCCAAACAAAAUAACCUAGGCUAACCUAGAUAGCUGACCAUAUACACUUGCCAGCAAUGAAGAACGAAUAUAAUUGUUUAUUUCAAACAAAUUACCUUCGUUCACUUAAAAAUAAGUUUGCGAUUCAUAUGUUGCAAACUAUUUAACGAAUUUUAUGUUGUAGUGGAUGUGGAGCUAGCAAAGAGCACAGAAACACUGGAGCCACGUUUAGCUUUUUAGGCAACUUAGCCUGCUAGCAUAGCCACUUUGUCAGCCCAGAAGGACGGAAUAGUUUUAUCUGGCGUUUUUUAACCAUCAAAAUCGUGGAAAAUGCAAAAUCAGUCUAGAAGUCAACCUUGGGGGAAGCUGAUAAGUUUGGACCGAAGUUGUGAGUCCGAAGUAUUACUGGUCAACCGAGAAUGCACCAUCGGGCGAAGGAAGGGCUGUGAUUUGUCUUUUCCUGCAAACAAACUGGUCUCAGGGGACCACUGUAAAAUUGUGCAGGAUGAGCAGUCAGGGAAGGUUUGGCUUGAGGAUAUGAGUACAAAUGGUACGGUGAUCAACAUGUCGAAGUUAGUGAAGAAACAAAUGCACCUCCUGCAGAACGGAGACGUGAUCUACUUUGUGUACAGGAAAAAUGAACCAGAGCAAAACAUCGCAUACAUUUUUCAGUCCAUGAGGCCUCCUCAAGCACCCUCUCAAAAUGCAGACAGUGGGAAGCCAGUAGAGCCCAGACAGGAGAGGAGAGCCGAGAGCACCCCGGAGCCCCCAGCAGUGGCAGCCUCUCCUCAGCCUCCUGCCCCGCAGCAGCUGGCCCUGGAGGAGCCCCAGCCCUCCACCUCCACCUCUCACUUGUACUGCCUCUCCCCCUCCACUGCCUCAGCACCCCAGGCUUCUGCCUCAGGUCCAGGUGAGGCUGCUUGUUUACACGCUCUCGGUGGCGAGUCCUCCUCCACCACCCCCUCCUCCUCCUCCCAGAGUCCUGCUGCUGCGGCUGGACUGCUCUACGCUGGGGGCCCCCAGACCCACGCCAGGCCACUCACCCUGCGGGAGAUGCUGCGCAGCCGUGAGGCCAGCCCCUGCUCCGCGGGGGAGGGAGAGAGCCUGGAGCCCGAGAGGAAGAAGAGGAAAACGGGCGCAGAUGGUGGAGAGAACUUGUGUCUAGCGCCCUCUGGCUGCGGUGAGACGGCAGCGCUGCAGAGGCAGCCUCAGGUGGCGGAGCUGCCGAGGAAGGAGAGAGCCGGUGGGGCCAAAACGGACAAGAUGGAGGAGUCGCUCACGUGCAUCAUCUGUCAGGACCUGCUGCAUGACUGUGUGAGUCUCCAGCCCUGUAUGCACACGUUCUGCGCGGCCUGCUACUCUGGCUGGAUGGAGCGCUCCUCCCUCUGCCCCACCUGCCGCUGCCCUGUGGAGAGGAUCCGCAAGAACCACAUCCUCAACAACCUGGUGGAGGCCUACUUGCAGCAGCACCCAGAGAAGUGCCGCAGCGAGGAGGAUUUGCGUAGCAUGGACCUGCGCAACAAGAUCACUCAGGACAUGCUGCAGCCAAAGAUCGAGCGCUCGUUCUCCGAUGAGGAGGGCAGCUCCGACUACCUGUUUGAGCUCUCCGACAACGACAGCGACACCAGCGACAUGAGUCAGCCGUUCCUGACUUGUCGCCAGUGUCCAGGCUACAGGAAGGACAUGAGCCAGGCGUCGUGGAUCGCUGGGCCUCCUCCAGACGAGGGGCCCGGGAAGCCCCCGGGAGAGGGACCCUCCACGUCUGCAGAGGCCUCCCCAGCCACCACAGGGCCGGAGUUCCAUUGCCCUCCCCAGGGCCCCCACGUCAUCUGCACCUGCUGCCUUCAGCCAAUGCCGGACCGCCGUGGCGAGCUCACCGCCCAGCAGAUGUCUUCCCAGCAGUGUAUGGUGUGCCAGCGGCCGUUCUGCCACAUGUACUGGGGCUGCCAGCGCUUCGGCUGUCAGGGCUGCCUAGCACGCUUCAGCGAGCUCAACCUCACAGACAAAUGCCUCGACGGGGUGCUGAACAGCAACAAUUACGAGUCUGAAAUCUUGCAGAAUUAUCUGUCCUCGAGAGGGAUGUCGUGGAAGGAGAUGCUGCAGGACGGCCUGCAGGCGGCACAGCGAGGGGUCUUCCAUCUGUCCGAUUGCCGCAUCAACGCUAGCGCUGUGUUGUGCUACUGCUGUGGUCUGCGAGCCUUCAAGGAGCUGGCCUACAAAUACAGGGAGAGCGUCCCUGCCUCUGAGCUUCCAGCUACUGUGACGUCACGGCCAGACUGUUACUGGGGACGCAACUGCCGCACUCAAGUCAAAGCACACCAUGCCAUGAAAUUCAAUCACAUAUGUGAACAGACACGAUUUAAGAACUGAUGUGUACCUGUGAUGGUGUCCAUUCCACUGAAGAGAGAAAAUGCCCUUGGCUGCCAAGCAGCCCCACGGACUGUGUGAAAAAUGAACAUGAUCCGGUGAAACUCAUAUCACCAAACCCACACACUUCAGAUGCUGGACGCUUUAUCCCGGAGAGGACAUCUUUGUUUUUUAUUAAUUCACUCUAAGUACUCCACAGUACUUUACCACAUUGCUUGCUUGUGAAUCACUGUACUUCUUCUUUUUUUUUCCUUUUUUUUUUUGGUCUUGUUAUGUUAAGUAUGUCUUUUGGUCAUGUGGACUUUUUGGGGAAGCAGCAGUUAGACCAGGAGUAGCACUUUGGAAGGCAAGCAAGCACAGAGCCUGCCAAAAUAGGCCAGCCACUCAUUUCAUUCCGCACAAGCUUCAGUGCUUAGUUUUUCUAUGCGUGACUCACAUUUAAGGGCCUAUAUCUUACAUUAGCGGAGAUAGCAAUCAAAUCAAUCUGUGUGUGCGUGGUCUGUUAUAGCGGAAGGGACUUGGUGGAGAGUGGUCAGAUACUGCCUUGCUUCUUUUUAGAUGACUAUAUACUGUAUAUGUAUAAGUAGAUCCAGGCAGUUAUUAGUCUCUUAAACAGUGUAGUGCCUACCCCUGCACACGUAUGUUAGUAUACACAGAGGAGACUGUAGGCUGUAUGUGCCUAGAGGCCAUAGCGAUCUCAGUUAGCCAAUGGUUUUGGAACAGAACAGGGGUGGCCCUGACUGUGUGGCUUGCCAGGUCAGAGCCAGAUCCGUUCCGGAACCUUGCUAGGAUGUUUUUUUUUUUUUUUUUAAUUAUUAUUAUUAUUAUUAUUAUUAUAAUUAUUAGUUUUGAUUUCUUUUGUAAAGUGCUUUUUGCUAGCUUUUUAGAUCUUCCAGCAACUUCUUCUCUUCAUCUGCUGUAGCGCAUGUAGUGUUUCUUUGGAAAUGCCAUCUACUGGUGACUGCAUGUUAUGAGUGGCUCCAGUCGCUCUUGGAGGACUAUAUGGUCAACUGCACAGGUGUGUUGCCAACAGGUUUCUUAUGCAUCUUUCGAAGGUUAUUUGUGGUCAAGGUGUACCACACACAGAAAAAGGAAAAAAAAAACAAAUGCACUAUUAUUGCACCGUUUUUAACUUCGUUGCUGCUUCCAUCUAAUCUGCUUACUUUGGGAGGACAAUGCAAUUCUGUAUUUAUUUUGUCGUAGGUUAGUUUAGACAACUAAAAAGAAAAGAAAUUAAAAAAAAAUGAAAAUUAGGGGGGAAAAAAUCUAUUUGUAGAACAGGCAACUGUUUUUUUGUUUUUGUUUUUGUUUUUGUUUUUGUUUUUGUUUGGUGAAACGCAUAGAGGUGAGAAGCCUUGUGAGCCUAGAGCUGUACAGAGCAGGGCUUAGUGGGAGUUCAUGUGAUAGUUGUAUAGGAUUACACCUUCUACUCUGUGAGGGGAUAAGAGUAAUGUGUUGAAACUGUGUAGUUUUAUCCAAGGCCACGGCCGCUCCGUUGUAUGCUUUGCUCGAGAUAAUCAACUCUAAGCUGAUUAAUGCCGUGCAUUACGGACGCUUACUCCGACCCGAUGGUAAUGGCCAGCGUUGGCUCUGGGUCGCGUAGAAGGCACAAUGGUCGUCCAUAGGAGAGGGGAGGGGGGGGAUUCCUUCUCUCUGUUUUUUCGUAUAGGCUCAUAGUGUUGUUUAAGCUCACACACAUAAGUCAACCUCACUCCGACACGGAGGGCAACCUAAUCAGGUGGCUAAUGGAGUGCGCAGGCAUGACUGAGGUCAAAUGUCCUGUGGGAAAAGUUCACUCGAGACGACGUUUCCGGAUAUCUAAUGUGCCAGUGCGUAUGGCGGCUACUACUACACACAAAUAUUAUUGUGGAUUGUGAAUGGUCGGACGUAUUUGUGUUUCGAUCUUCGAAGUUCAAACACAUUGUUUCGGUGCUCUUAAGUGUGCUUGAGGGAAUAGAAGAGUGACCGUUUUUAUAACUCUGGACGAUGUAUUCUACCCUUUUUAAAUAAGUAAUGAAUCAGUGGUGGCUGAGUCGGAAUGCCUCUGGCACUCCAGUACUAUGGCUUGAGCCCGUCACCAUGUUUGUCAUUUAUAUAUGGCCUUAGGGUUGAUUUUUCACUUCUCCAGAUAUUGGACCAGGGGGUUCAGUAUGCAAUAUAUUACACUGUCAUGUUAUUCUAUAUACUUUUUCCCAACUUGUUGCAAUGACUUGUUUUGUAGAUGUGAAUUUAUUGUAGUAUUAUUUCCUAAUUGGGAAUGUAGGUAGUUUCCCCCCCUCCCCCCCGCCCCUAAAUACAAGUGUUUACAUAUAACAUUUGAUCAGUUGUGGGGUAGUCACCCUAGAUUUGCCUCUUUUGCAAGGGUGAAAGUUUGCUGUUUUUGUAGUUUGCCCACAACAAACAGAGUUUGGAACUGGUUUUGAUCCCCCCCCCCCCCCCCCCCCCCCCCUUUUCAAUCAGUAUUGCACAACAGCUUAUUUUGAUCCAGGGACAUUGACCCCCUCGAGUGCAAUACGUACAGUUAAGUGCAUCUUCCAGACUUGCCAAUCACUGAACAGCUAUCAGUGUGUGACUGUGUGUGUGUGUGUGUGUGUGUGUGUGUGUGUGUGUGUGUGUAUGUGUGUCUGAGUGCGUGAGUGAAUACGUGUGUGACGGUGUGCGUGCAUGUGCAGAGCCCUUGCCCCGGAACCCGCCCGCUGACGUCCAGAGGGCGGACGAGGGCAGUUGUGGGUUUCCUGGUUUGUAGGCUCACACUAGCAUUCCUGAGCGGCUCAAGACCCUGAGACGAGCCCCGGGCCAAUCCCCCCCCCCCCCACCCCACCAACCCCUUUGCCCAGCGCCACUGCUGCGUUUUAAUUGUAUCCAAGCAGAGGACCUCUGCACCCUAAAGCCAACAACAGUGCAAGCCGCUGAUCAGGAGUGGGUGGUAGGCCGCUUUGCCAUUUUUUUUUUUUUUUCUCAAAGGAAAACAUUGUACUCCAGGGGCAAAUAUUUACUCACUUUUGUGAGAAAGUCUGGAAAGCGCCAUACAGUUCGGAGCACAUAAGAGGGGGGUAGUUGAAUUCUACCUCAUCAAGGCUUACUACAAGUUCAAAAGGAGAACAAUCCCGUCUGUACAUUAUGUUCAGCAGGUUUCUUUCUUUUUUUUUUUUGAGUAGCCAAGGACCAUAGGGGGCAUUUAGAGUAGCACUGUUAAAGUUGAAUGCCUUUGACAGCUUUCAGUGCCUCCUGUGCAUUAGCAAUGCUAAAAAAAAAAAAAAAAUGUAACGUCAGGUAGAAUCAUUCUAACAAGAAAGUUAUUUUCUGUUUACUGCACUAAUAAACCCUUGCAUUGA